GGAAGGGAACCCCAGGUCCUGAGCUUCCUGACCCUCCCUCCACAGCUUCCCCUCCUCCCUCCCCUUCAUACUCGGCUCCCCACCCCCCCCAGCUGCCUCAUUUCCUCCUGGGGCCCCGUUAGGAGAACCGACACACCAAUCCAGACACCAGCAUCAGUACACAUACACACUAACCUACCAACACUGAUGGAGACACACACAUUGCUGGGUGGAGACACCCGCUAACACAGAUACACACCACUUUAUGCUCACACAUACACUCUAACCAGUCCACACUGAUGGGUAGAAACCUAGACCCUCACAGAAAGCCCCUCUGACUACAAGGGGACCAGACAGAGGCCCAGACGCUAACCCAGAAACAAAUUGUGGGGCCACAGCGGCGCAGCACGCAGGGAGGACCUGGCCUGCCUGACUUCAGCCUUGGGCCAUGGGCCAAGCCGGCCCCCUUCUCCUCCUCUUCCUUCUUACCUCCCAAGUAGGGGCAGCUAUGGACCUCACGCUGCUGGCAGACCUGCGCCUCACAGACCCCCAACGCUUUUUUCUGACCUGUGUGUCCGGAGAUCCUGGGGCAGGGCGGGGCCUAGAUGUCUGGGACCCUCCACUGCUUCUGGAAAAGGACGACCGCAUCGUUCGGGCUUUCCCACCUCGCCAACCCUUUCAUUCUACAAGAAAUGGAUCUCGUCACAUCACCCUUCGGGGCUUCUCCCAGCCCUCCGACCUUGUUGGCGUGUUUUCCUGCAUCGGUGGAACUGGCGCCCGGCAUACACGUGUGAUCUACGUACACAAUAGUCCUGGGGCCCACCUGCUCCCUGACAAGGUGACUCACACCGUGAACGUUGGUGACACAGCUCUGCUGUCUGCUCGAAUCCUCACAGAAAAGCAAGAAGAUGUGAUCUGGAAAAGUAACGGCUCCUACUUCUCUAUCCUAGAUUGGCAUGAGGCCAAGGAUGGGCGCUUCACGAUGGAGCUAACAAACCUGAGGGCCUCUGACGGGGGCAUCUACAGUGCCACCUACCUGCAGGGCAACCCCCUGGCCAGUGCCUUCUUCAGGGUCAUCGUCCGAGGUUGCAGUGCAGGGCGAUGGGGGCCAGAUUGUGCCAAGGACUGUCCCGGCUGCCUGCAUGGUGGCAUUUGCCAUGACCAGAAUGGCGAGUGUGUGUGCCCCCCUGGAUUCACGGGCACCCGCUGCGAGCAGGCCUGCAGAGAGGGCCGAUUUGGGCAAGGCUGCCAGCAGCAGUGUCCAGGUGCAUCCGGCUGCCGGGGCCUCACCUUCUGCCUCCCAGACCCCUACGGCUGUUCCUGCGGGGCCGGCUGGGGUGGCAGCCAGUGUGAAGAAGCCUGUGCCCCUGGCUGGUUUGGGGCCUCCUGUUACCUGCAGUGUCAAUGCCAGAAUGGAGGUACCUGUGACCGCUUCAGUGGCUGUGUCUGCCCCUCAGGGUGGCAUGGGGAACACUGCGAGAAAUCAGACCGAAUCCCAGAGAUCGUCAACAUGGCUUCCGAGCUGGACUUCAAUGUGGGAGCCAUGCCCAUGGUCAGCUGUGCAGCCACAGGGAACCCACCCCCGGUACGGGGCAGCAUGGAGCUACGGAGACCCGAUGGCACUGUCUUUAUGCCGUCAAAGGCCAUCAUGGAAAUAGACAAGACCACUUCAGAGUUCCAGGUACCACCUGUGAGCAUUACGGACAGUGGCCUCUGGGAGUGUCGAGUGUCCACAUCUGGUGGCCAGGACAGCAGGCACUUCAGGGUUAACAUCAAAGUUCCUCCAGUGCCCAUGGCCCCACCCAAGCUCCUGGCUCGCCUCAGUCGCCAACUGGUGGUCUCCCCACUGGUGCCGUUCUCAGGGGAUGGGCCCAUCUCAUCAGUGCGCCUACGCUACCGGCCUCAGGACAGCUCUGCGGCCUGGUCCACAAUUGUGGUGGACCCCAGUGAGAACGUGACCCUGAUGAACCUCCGGCCUCAGACGGGGUACAGUGUCCUGGCUCAGUUGAGCCGCCCAGGAGAGGGCGGUGAGGGAGCCUGGGGACCACCCUCCAUCAUGGCCACCGACUGCCUUGAGCCCACGCUGCGGCCCUGGCUGGAGGACUGGCAUGUGGAGGCCCCAGACCGGCUUCAAGUGACCUGGUCCUUACCUGUUGUGCCUGGUCCCCUGGUGGGAGAUGGAUUCCUCUUACGCCUAUGGGACCCAGCACUGGGUCAGGAGCUACGCAGGAAUGUCACGUCCCCCCAGGCUCGCACCGCUAAGCUGAACGGCCUCGUGCCCGGCACCUUCUACCAGCUGGAAGUGCGGCUCUAUCACUGCACACGCCUGGGCCCCGCCUCCCAACCAACACGCGUGCUCCUGCCCCCCACUGGUCCCCCAGCUCCGAGGCUGCUCCGAGCCGAGACACUGUCAGACUCCGAAAUUCGGCUGAGCUGGCAGCGCCCAGAGGCUCCGGCUGGAGCCAUUGCCAAGUAUAUAGUGGAGCUGCAGGCUGUCGGGGGCUCCGGGGAGCCCCUGUGGGUAGACACGGAAGGAGCCGAGGAGAGCACCAUCAUCCAGAGCCUCAACGCCAGCACCUGCUACCAUUUCCGGGUGCGAGCCAGCGCUCAGGGCCCUGGAGAUUGGAGCGAAGUAGUAGAGGGGACAACAACGGGCAACGGGUCAGACAUUCGAGGCCCGGCUCAGCAGAGCCGAACGGCGAGCCCCGGCCUGGACCGGCAGCUCGUGCUGGCCGUUGUGGGCUCCGUGUCAGCCACAUGUCUCACCAUUCUGGCUGCCCUGCUGGCCCUCGUCUGUAUCCGCAAGAGCUGCCUCCAUCGAAGACGGACCUUCACCUACCAGUCAGGCUCGGGAGAAGAGACCGUCCUGCAAUUCAGCUCUGGGACCCUGACCUUGACCCGCCGUCCAAAACCACAGCCAGAACCUUUGAGCUACCCUGUGCUAGAGUGGGAGGACAUCACCUUUGAGGACCUCAUCGGGGAGGGCAACUUCGGGCAGGUCCUUCGAGCCAUGAUCAAGAAGGACGGACUCCAGAUGAAUGCAGCUGUCAAGAUGCUCAAAGAGUUUGCCUCAGAGAAUGACCACCGUGACUUUGCCGGAGAACUGGAAGUGCUGUGUAAGCUCGGACACCACCCAAAUAUUAUCAACCUGCUGGGAGCCUGUGAGAACCGAGGGUACCUGUACAUCGCCAUUGAAUACGCACCCUAUGGGAACCUUCUGGACUUCCUUCGAAAGAGCCGAGUGCUGGAGACUGACCCGGCCUUCGCACAUGAGCACGGCACAGCUUCCACGCUCACCUCUCAGCAGCUGCUGCGCUUUGCCAGUGACGUGUCCAAGGGCAUGCAGUACCUGAGUGAGAAGCAGUUCAUCCACAGGGAUCUGGCCGCCAGGAAUGUGCUUGUGGGAGAGAAUUUGGCCUCCAAGAUCGCCGACUUCGGCCUGUCCCGGGGGGAGGAGGUCUAUGUGAAGAAGACGAUGGGCCGGCUCCCUGUGCGCUGGAUGGCAAUCGAAUCCCUGAACUAUAGUGUCUACACCACCAAAAGUGACGUUUGGUCCUUCGGGGUUUUGCUCUGGGAGAUCGUGAGCCUUGGGGGCACCCCAUACUGUGGCAUGACCUGUGCUGAACUCUAUGAGAAGCUGCCCCAGGGCUACCGCAUGGAGCAACCUCGAAAUUGUGAUGAUGAAGUGUAUGAGCUGAUGCGCCAGUGUUGGAGGGAUCGUCCAUAUGAAAGGCCACCCUUCGCCCAGAUCUCCCUACAGCUCGGCCGCAUGUUAGAAGCCAGGAAGGCCUAUGUGAACAUGGCACUGUUCGAAAACUUCACCUAUGCAGGCAUUGAUGCCACCGCAGAGGAGGCUUGAAAGUCUAUGGUGGCUCUGUCCUCCCUGCUGGCCCUUCAGCCUCCUGCUGGACAGAGGCACACAACUCGAACUCCUUGGGCAUAGGCCCACAAAGCCCCUGGGAUCUCCGACCAAAUCAGCUUCACUCAGUGAAUCACAUUUUUGGUUUGGCAAAUAGAAGGGGCACAGAUGGUGGUGCUAGGAUCCUCAUGCCAGUCCUGGACAGCUCCUUCUGCCUUAACACCCCCCCACCCCCGCCCCAGUGUAGCU